AUGAAGUUCGCUUCCGUCGCCACGCUCGCCACCGUUGCCCUUGUCGGCAUGGCCGCUGCCACCGAAUCUUCCAAGUGCGGCAGCCACCACGAGCCCGCUCCUGUCUCGCACCCUCACAAGAAGCCUCACCACCACCCCAAGCACCCGCACCUCCCCAGCGUCCCUGGUGACGGUGGUGACUGGCCCGGCAAGGGUGGCGACGAGCCCGGCAAGGGUGGUGACAAGCCUGGCAAGGGCGGUGACUGGCCCGGCAAGGGUGGUGACAAGCCUGGCAAGGGCGGUGACAAGCCUGGCAAGGGUGGUGACAAGCCUGGCAAGGGCGGCGACAAGCCUGGCAAGGGCGGCGACAAGCCCGGCAAGGGCGGCGACAAGCCUGGCAAGGGCGGCGACAAGCCUGGCAAGGGCGGCGACAAGCCCGGCAAGGGAGGCGACAAGCCCAGCAAGGGCGGCGACAACGACGACCACUGCUGCAUCAAGAAGGGCUCGUCGAAGAAGGACAUCUGCUCCGAGUUCCAGCGAGGUGGUCUGAUCAACCUGGACCUUCUCGGCUGCUCCAAGACCGACAUCAGCAUUCUGUCGGACCUCCUUGGCCGUCAGCGCUUCGAGAAGCGCAACGCUUCGACCAAGGGCAAGGACGACGGGUGCGUGGAGAAGAAGGAGGAGAAGUGCUCCAUCUACCAAUCGGCUGCCUUGAUCAACAUCGACAUCCUCGGCUGCAGCGAGAACAACCUCGACAUCCUUUCGCCCCUUCUUUGA